UGCCUGUCGGUUGGGGUAUAAUAAGCGUAGGAGUCGUGUUGAGCGAUUGUACCGAAGGGAAAUCGACGUGAAUAGGAUUUUCUUCUAAGUACACUGCUUUUAAGCGAUCCAUGCUGAUGCUAUCAUUCUUGUGAAGAACUUUGAACGGUCCUUCGUAUGCUGAUUCGAAUGGUCGUCGAUACGAGUCUCAACGAACGAAAACGUGCAUUUUAAUGCUCUAGGAAAUAAUUGCAACAAAACUUUACAUCUUUACUAUGUCUAAUGGGUAAUACCAUUGCUCCGAGGAUCGAGAACGCUGAGAAGACUGGUGUUUUACAAGUCAGUGGCUUAAAAUUAAAAAAGGUUCCUGAACAAGUAAAACACCUUCGUAAUCUUCGGAGUUUAGAUCUCUCAAAUAAUAAAAUUGAAAAUGUCGACCCAUGGAUAUCUUUAUUAAAAAAUCUUAAGGUUCUAAACGUUGAAAACAACAAAUUAAAAUGUUUUCCUGCAGAAAUAUAUCUACUAACAAAAUUAGAAUCAUUAAAUGGAAACAGUAAUUUCUUAACUAAUUUUAUCACACCUGGAGCAAUUGUCAAUUUAAAUGAAUUAUCUUGUCUACGUACUGUAAAUUUGAGUCAUAAUUGUUUAACUGAAUUUCCUGUGGAACUGUGUUUAAAGUCAAUACCUAUCAAUGUGAUUGAUUUGUCAAAUAAUCAAAUUAGUAUUAUACCGAAUGCUAUCGCUUCAUUACAGGCCAUUGAAAUUAAUUUGAAUUCGAAUAAAAUAUCAAUUAUAUCCAAUGGCAUAGCCCAAUGUGAACGAUUGAAAGUUUUACGCUUAGAACAUAAUUGUUUACGAUUAGAAAAUUUCCCAACCGAACUACUAACAAAUUCACAAGUCUCCUUAAUAUGUGUCGAUGGGAAUUCAUUCAAUAUGAAAGAUUUUUACAAUUUGCCCGGUUAUUCAAAAUAUAUGGAACGUUUUACAGCAAUGAAGAAAAAAGCUGCUUAGAAAACAUACAAAAAUGAAGACAAUUCUUUCUGGUGAAAAUCAAACACAACUGUUACCGUUAUCAUACUCUCUCUGACUGACUAUUUCUGCUAACUUUUCACAUAUUUAUAUAUGCAUGUGCGUGUAUUUGGCGGUUAUUAUUUCAUAGUCUUAUCACCCAAACAUCCACACACCGUCCACUUGCCUACUUUUGAUUUCCUCUUCUUUUUUCUUUCUGUAACUUACUUUUUUCAGAAAGUAAAUAUUUACACACGGGUUGUUUAUACAGUGUAAAACCGUACAAUACUGAGUAAUAUAAUUUGUUUAUU